GCGCAGACGGACGCGCGACGGUCACGUGAGUUCAGCAUGGCGGUGUUCGCGGAUUUGGACCUGCGAGCGGGUUCCGACCUGAAGGCGCUUCGCGGGCUGGUGGAGAACGCCGCUCACCUUGGCUAUUCAGUUGUUGCCAUCAAUCAUGUUGUUGAAUUCAAGGAAAAGAAACAGGAAAUUGAAAAACCAGUAGCUGUUUCUGAACUCUUUACAACUUUGCCAAUUGUACAGGGAAAAUCAAGACCGAUCAAAGUUUUAACUAGAUUGACGAUUAUCGUUUCAGAUCCAUCUCACUGUAAUGUUUUGAGAGCAACAUCUUCAAGGGUCCGGCUGUAUGAUAUCGUUGCAGUUUUUCCAAAGACAGAAAAACUUUUUCAUGUCGCUUGUACACAUUUAGAUGUGGAUUUAGUCUGCAUAACUGUAACAGAGAAACUACCAUUUUACUUCAAAAGACCACCUAUUAAUGUGGCAAUUGACCGAGGCGUGGGCUUUGAACUCAUCUACAGCCCUGCUAUCAAAGAUUCCACAAUGAGAAGGUACACAAUUUCCAAUGCCCUCAACUUGAUGCAGGUCUGCAAAGGAAAGAAUGUGAUUCUGUCUAGUGCUGCAGAAAGGCCUUUAGAAAUAAGAGGCCCAUACGAUGUGGCAAACUUAGGACUACUGUUUGGGCUGUCUGAAAGUGACGCCAAGGCCGCCGUGUCCACCAACUGCCGAGCGGUUCUUCUGCACGGAGAAACUAGAAAAACUGCUUUUGGAAUUAUUUCCACAGUGAAGAAACCUCGACCAUCAGAAGCAGAUGAUGAUUCUCUUCCAGCUUGCAAGAAAGCCAAGUGUGAGAGCUGAAAAGAAUCCCCAGUCUCUGUCAACACUCCCUUCUUCCCUUUGAUAGUCCAUCAGCCGCAAUAGAAAUAAAACCUUUAUGAUUUACUGUUUUCAUUUGGAACUAGAAAUCAGUAAUCUAUAAAAACAGUUCUAUAUUCAAGCCAUUAAAGUAACAAAACCUAGUGAAGCAGUAAAAAAAAAAAAAGACUGCCCACUUAAUGAAUUUAGAUAUACUUUAAGAGAAAAAUCAGAGACGAGUUUAUUUAUUUUUUGUGUUAAGUAAUGAAACAGCAGGUAUAAUUGAAUAAGAUGUUUCCGUAUUUCAGGAGACGCUUUAAAAAGUUUCUUCUUCAUUUAAAAAAA